GGAGGUAAUUUACUCCGAACAAGGGGCCGCCUUUAGGAAGUAUAAAUAGUGAGACUUCAAGAGCAGCGUCGCUAUCAGAUCUGAACUCUCCGCAGGAAGAAUUGUCAAAGAUCUCAACAUUGAACACGCGCGCUCGGGCCGGGAAGCAUCAGUUCCCAUUUCCCUCCGGCGGCCCCCGCCCCUUCCCUCUUCCUCCUCCCCCUCCUCCUCGUCCUCCUCCUCUUCUUACUUCUUUUUCUCCUUCUACUUCUCCUCUUUCUUCUUUCUUCUCCUCUUUUUUUUUCUUCUUCUUCCUCCUCCUCCCUCUCCUCCCCCACCCCCUGCCCCAUUGAUGUGUUAUUAUUGGGGGGGCUGGAGCAGUAAAAAAAGAAGAAGGAAAAAAGAGCGGGGCUCGGCAGGGAGAGGUUGAGCGCGAGGCUGAACCGCGGCUGCAGCGAUGGAAGAACUUACUGCGUUCGUCUCCAAGUCUUUUGACCAGAAAGUGAAGGAGAAGAAGGAGGCUAUCACGUACCGGGAGGUGCUGGAGAGCGGGCCGCUGCGCGGGGCCAAGGAGCCGGGCUGCGUAGAGCCGGGCCGCGACGACCGCAGCAGCCCGGCAGUCCGGGCGGCCGGCGGAGGCGGCGGCGGAGGAGGAGGCGGAGGCGGAGGCGGAGGAGGCGGAGGAGGUGCAGGAGGAGGAGGAGCAGGCGGAGGAGCUGGAGGAGGGCGCUCUCCCGUCCGGGAGCUGGACAUGGGCGCCGCGGAGAGAAGCAGGGAGCCGGGCAGCCCGCGGCUUACGGAGGUGAACCCGGAGUUGAAGGAUCGCAAAGAGGAUGCUAAAGGGAUGGAGGACGAAGGCCAGACCAAAAUCAAGCAGAGGCGAAGUCGAACCAAUUUCACCCUGGAACAACUCAACGAGCUGGAGAGGCUUUUCGAUGAGACCCACUAUCCAGAUGCUUUCAUGCGAGAGGAACUGAGCCAGCGACUUGGACUGUCUGAGGCCCGAGUGCAGGUUUGGUUUCAAAAUCGAAGAGCUAAGUGUAGAAAACAGGAGAAUCAACUUCAUAAAGGUGUCCUCAUAGGGGCUGCUAGCCAGUUUGAAGCCUGCAGAGUUGCACCCUAUGUCAACGUAGGCGCCCUAAGGAUGCCAUUUCAGCAGGAUAGUCAUUGCAACGUGACGCCCUUGUCCUUUCAGGUUCAGGCGCAGCUGCAGCUGGACAGCGCCGUGGCGCACGCGCACCACCACCUGCAUCCGCACCUGGCCGCGCACGCGCCUUACAUGAUGUUCCCGGCGCCGCCCUUCGGACUGCCGCUUGCCACGCUGGCCGCCGACUCGGCCUCCGCCGCCUCGGUUGUGGCUGCUGCCGCCGCCGCCAAGACCACCAGCAAGAACUCCAGCAUCGCGGAUCUCAGACUGAAAGCCAAAAAGCACGCGGCCGCCCUGGGUCUGUGACGCCAGCACCAGCGCCUGGGUCGAUGCAGCCUCCCGAGCCGCGCUACCCCGCACGCCCUCCGCGUCCCGCAGCUUCUCGGGUACCCGCUUCGGACCUCCAGGCCCGCUCUCUUUCGCCCCGCUCACCGCCCCCUAUUUCUCUCUGCAUUCUGGACUCACAGGGCCCUACUUCAGGCGGGACCCAGGAUCCCACGAGGGCCAUCAGCCCAUCUGCCCUUGGGCUUAGAAUUCGGCUUUUUAGGGUCUGGUUUGGAGAAGUCUGGGUAGAGACUGGACAAAGGAGAUCGGGAACAGUGAAAUGUGGAGUGCGGCAAAGCUGCGACCUAGAAAUAAAAUCUUGCUAACAAAGUAUGGGCAAAAACAAAAAGAAUAGAAAACAAACUAGAGAGAAAAGGAGAAAGGGAACUUGUUUCUUGUUGCUAUUUGGCUGGAAUCAGAAAGAACGACGGAGCAAAACAAUUUUAAAAAUUAAAGUAUUUUAUACGCGUAAAAAUAUGGAAAAAUAACCUGAACGAAUCUUGAGAGAUUGGGGGGGGUUACCAAUUAAAAUGUAUGUUUUUUUUAAUGGGCUAAGAAAGCAAAACAGAAGGAAGAGGUAUACUUAUUUAAAGAAUUAAGAUGAAAAAAAGUGCGCAGCUGGGAAGUUCACAGGUUUUGAAACUGACCUUUUUCUGCGAAGUUCACUUUAAUACGAGAAAUUUGAUAAGAGAGGCGGGCCUCCUUUUACGUUGAAUCAGAUGCUUUGAGUUUAAAAACACCAUGUAUGGAAGAGCAAGAAGAGGGAAGACAGUAUGAGGAGGAGGGAAAAACGAUGUUAAUACAAAAAAAAAAAAAGCCACAGACAAUGAUUCUUCUCAGAAA